AUGGCCCAUCUUCGGUUCACGCUGCUGGGGCUUCUGCUUCUCAGUGCCUAUACCGGCGCCGCCCCAUGCAGCUCCGGUGAUGCCAGCGUUGUGACAAGCAUGAUGGGGGUCAAUGCUUCAAAGUGCCUGGACGUCUCUGUGGACAGCUGGCAUCGCAGGAGAACUGCGAUGGAGCUGCUCCAGACAGACGUUAUCAGAGUGAAGAGAAGGGGGCCAAGUGGCACAAGUGCAACGCAGUUCCGCGUGGCGCCCGCGCAAGCGGUGCAGUCGCAACAGGCCCCAGAGGUUCUUUGCGUUGCGGGUGGGAUCCUUUUUCUGUUGUGUUUCCUUCUAGUGCUCAAGUGCGCCAGCCUUGACAUCCUGGUGGGCAUAGCAACCUUCCUGGACCACUUCAUGACCACAGGCCUCUGGCCGUUGACACCGACCGUCACGCCGAACUACCAGCUGAUUGCAGUGCUGCAAGGUUCCAAGAAUGUCGUGGCUUGCUUGCUGGUUCCCUUCCUUGGAAGGCUCAUCGAUGGGCGUGAGGCGAAAUCCCUGCGGCUGGGGAUGCUGUGUGCCGUGCUCUGCAGCCUGGGCUAUGCCCUGAAGGAGAGCUACGCCUUGUGGCUGGCGAUGCGCACCCUGAGCGGCUUCUCCACAGCGGCCAUUGUUUGGGGAGGCUUUGCGUAUCUCAACCGCGUGUACGCCAGCGACGCAACCGCCCGCGUCAAGGCUGUGUCUACGGCCAUGGCGGGCCUUUACGCCGGGAUGGUGGCUGGUCCCCAAGUUGCUGGCAUAUUUGUUGACGACUCGCGUCUGAUGUUUCUCCUCCUCACUGGCGUGCAGAUGUGUACGUGGUUGACGCUUCACUUCCGAUUGCCCGAACUGUCGCAGCUUGAAGAGCCCAUGCCGAAACCGACCGAGCAAGUGGAGCAGGUUGGCAUGCUAGAGCUAAUCAUGGACCCAGGAAUCAGAAGACCAACCGUUGCCCUCUUCCUAGGCAUAGCCGCGGAGGCUGCGGUGAAUGCCACAGCUUGGGAGUACAUGACAAGCCUGGGAUAUGAUCAUGUGAAGCAGAGCCUUACAUGGCUGAUGGUUACAAUUCCGGGCGUGAUCUCUGUGAACCUUGUUCCCGCGCUCCGGUCGGUUGCAGAUGGCAAGACAUUGCAGACUUCCGCGGUUCUCCUGAGUGGGGGAACUGCGCUGGUGCAUUUCGGCUCCCACUACAUUUUUCUGGCUCUCACCCUGCUUGGUACCAGCUUUGCGUCCGGCUUGUUAAAUGGAAACGUGGCAGCCAUGUUGGCCAAUCGAAGCCAGGAGAAGUACGACGGCACGGGUCAGGUCUUUGUUCUCUCCAGCACGGCAGACCAGGCCGCCUAUGUUUUUGGGCCCUGUGUAGGCAGCUCUCUGUGCCGAUACGCAAGCUUCCCAGUGAUGUGCCAUGUCAUUGGCGCGUGCCUGAUGCUCUACGCCAUCCUCCAGUCAGGGCCGGACGACGGGCCGGAGGCGAAGGCGAAAACGACCACUGGGCAUGCCCAGCCCGAAACCAGCAGAUCCGAUUGA